GAGGAGGCGGUGGUAUCUGCGCGCGCGCGCGCGGGUGCGAACGGGAAACGCCGCGAGGGCCAGGCCGGGCGGUGGAGACGACGGACGGUGACCAUGGCCGCGACAGCGGGCGGCGGUCCGGGAGCGGCAGCAGGCGCCGUGGGUGCAGGGGGUGCGGCGGCGGCCUCGGGCCUGGCCGUGUACCGGAGGAAGGACGGGGGCCCGGCCAGCAAGUUUUGGGAAAGCCCGGACACAGUGUCCCAGCUGGAUUCGGUGCGAGUCUGGCUGGGCAAGCACUACAAGAAGUAUGUUCAUGCGGAUGCUCCUACCAAUAAAGCUCUGGCUGGUCUGGUGGUACAGCUUCUUCAGUUCCAAGAAGAUGCCUUUGGGAAGCAUGUCACCAACCCAGCUUUCACCAAACUACCUGCAAAAUGUUUUAUGGAUUUCAAAGCUGGAGGCACCUUGUGUCACAUUCUUGGGGCUGCUUACAAGUACAAAAAUGAACAGGGGUGGCGGAGAUUUGAUCUUCAGAAUCCAUCUCGGAUGGAUCGUAAUGUGGAAAUGUUCAUGAACAUUGAAAAAACAUUGGUACAGAACAAUUGUCUGACUAGACCCAACAUCUACCUCAUUCCAGACAUUGAUUUGAAGUUGGCUAAUAAAUUGAAAGAUAUCAUCAAACGGCAUCAGGGGACAUUUACUGAUGAGAAGUCAAAAGCUUCCCACCAUAUUUAUCCAUGUCCUUCCUCACAAGAGGAUGAAGAAUGGUUGAGACCAGUGAUGAGAAAAGAUAAGCAGGUGUUGGUACACUGGGGAUUUUACCCAGACAGCUAUGACACUUGGGUCCACUGUAAUGAUGUUGAUGCUGAAAUUGAAGAUCCACCAAUUCCAGAAAAGCCAUGGAAGGUUCAUGUAAAAUGGAUUUUGGACACUGACGUUUUCAAUGAAUGGAUGAAUGAAGAGGAUUAUGAAGUAGAUGAGAACAGGAAGCCAGUGAGUUUUCGUCAGCGAAUUUCAACAAAGAAUGAAGAGCCAGUCAGAAGUCCUGAGAGGAGAGAUAGAAAAGCAUCGGCUAAUGCACGAAAGAGGAAACAUUCCCCUUCCCCUCCCCCUCCCACACCCACAGAAUCCCGGAAGAAGAGUGGGAAGAAAGGACAAGCUAGCCUUUAUGGGAAGCGUAGAAGUCAGAAAGAAGAAGAUGAGCAAGAAGAUCUUACCAAGGACAUGGAAGACCCAACACCUGUACCAAAUAUAGAGGAAGUGGUCCUCCCUAAGAACGUAAACCCAAAGAAAGAUAGUGAGAACACACCUGUUAAAGGAGGCACGGUGGCAGACCUAGAUGAGCAGGAUGAAGAAGCAGUUACAACAGGAGGAAAGGAAGAUGAAGAUCCUAACAAAGGUGAUCCAGGUCGGUCAGUUGACCCCGGUGAAGAUAAUGUGACAGAACAGACCAAUCACAUCAUUAUUCCCAGCUACGCAUCUUGGUUUGAUUAUAACUGUAUUCAUGUGAUUGAACGGCGUGCUCUUCCUGAAUUUUUUAAUGGAAAAAACAAAUCCAAGACUCCAGAAAUAUACUUGGCAUAUCGGAAUUUUAUGAUUGACACAUACCGUCUAAACCCCCAAGAAUAUUUAACCAGUACGGCUUGUCGGAGAAACCUGACUGGAGAUGUAUGUGCUGUGAUGAGGGUUCAUGCCUUCUUAGAGCAGUGGGGUCUAGUUAACUACCAAGUUGAUCCAGAAAGUCGACCCAUGGCAAUGGGACCCCCUCCUACUCCUCAUUUCAAUGUGUUAGCCGACACGCCCUCAGGGCUUGUACCUCUGCAUCUUCGGUCACCUCAGGUCCCUGCUGCUCAGCAGAUGUUAAAUUUUCCCGAGAAGAAUAAGGAAAAACCAAUUGAUUUGCAGAACUUUGGUCUUCGAACUGACAUUUACUCCAAGAAAACACUGGCAAAGAGUAAAGCUGCUAGUGCUGGAAGGGAAUGGACAGAACAGGAAACCCUUCUUCUCCUAGAGCUAGAACAACAGAGACAGCAGUUGCUUACUGAGCGCCAGAACUUCCACAUGGAACAAUUGAAAUAUGCAGAAUUACGAGCUCGACAACAAAUGGAACAGCAGCAACAUGGCCAGAACCCUCAGCAAGCACACCAGCACUCAGGAGGACCUGGUCUGGCCCCACUUGGAGCAGCAGGGCACCCUGGCAUGAUGCCUCAUCAGCAGCCCCCACCCUACCCUCUGAUGCACCAUCAGAUGCCACCACCCCAUCCUCCCCAGCCAGGUCAGAUGCCAGGCUCUGGCUCUAUGAUGCCUGGGCAGCCCAUGCCAGGCCGCAUGAUUCCUACUGUGGCAACUAACAUUCACUCUACUGGAAGUGGCCCUGCCCCUCCUGGUAUGCCUCCAAUGCCUGGAAACAUCUUAGGACCCAGGGUACCCCUCACAGCACCAAACGGCAUGUAUCCUCCUCCACCACAACAGCAGCCGCAGCCUCCGCCUGCAGACGGGGUCCCUCCACCUCCUGCUCCAGGCCCACCAGCCUCGGCCACUCCUUAGCCUGGAAGAUACAGGAGCCUCCACACCCACCACAAGCUGAAAUGGGGAGGGCAAGACUUGUGUCUCAGCUUCCUUGGUUUUCUUUUGGGAUUUUUUUUCCUCAGAGCCUCAAGCAUGAGUCCCGUGUCUCUCCGCUCUUGAUAACUUCAUGUGUCAGGUCUUUAGCUGAUACUCAGUGAGAAGGCUGUGGUGACUAGUGUGCCCUGGUCAUUUGAAAAGUAACCCAUGUCCUCCUGCCCCAGUGUGGCAGGUGUUUGGCAUUUGGUCUGCAGGUCCUGUUGACGUUAGUAUUCUGUCUCUUUGUUUUGUCUUACGCUUCGGUGGAUAAUUUUCUAUAAUUACUCUCCUUUCUUCCCCUGUUGUUUUUAAGGAGAGCAUCCUCAGUUAAUAGAAACCAAAAAAAAAAAAAAAAUGGUGAUGGGCAUAAGGAGACAGCCACAGAGGGACACACCUUAAGGCAUUCUAAGUGACCUUAUUUCUACUUAUCUGAGCUAAGAGUGGUGCUACUGGUGAGGUGGUUCCUGGGCUUUUACCACACAUAAAUGCACCCAACUGAGAAGAGCUGAGGAGGAAGGAGGCAUCCUGUUGAUUUUAUUCCCUGGCAAGGACUGUGAAAGCCUCCACUCUGUCUGGAAGAGCAUACCACUGUACCUAGUAUGUGGUAGCAGAGAGCACAAACAUUGGCAGAGCCCUGCUCCUCUUCCCCCACUAUUCUGGGUUUCUGUGCAGAAGAUUGCACAGAACUAGGGUGCCUUUCCUAAGGACAGUGUCAGCUUUAAAGGUAGGGAUUUGGAGAGGCAUUCCCUAGGUUUUCCAGACUAGCCAGGAAAAUUAAAGGGUCUACGGCCCUACCUACACACCUUUAGGAGACCUACCCAACCCACACACACAUCCUCUCCUCACCACCCUCCAUCUAGCUGAACUUUAUACAUGUUUUUUUAAACCUUCCUCCUAUAAGAAAGGAAAGGGGGGAAAAAACUUUAUUAAAAUAGGUAAGUAGAUUGUGCUAAACAUUUUAUCUCGUGAAACUUGGUUAGGUGGCUGGAGGUACAAGUCCCUAAACUACCUCUUGCUGUAGCCAGGGUGAGUGGGAUUUCUUGAAGCGGUACUGAGGUUCAGAAUGGGAGUGGAAAAGUGGGGCACACAGCAGCCUCCUGUACCUUCUUUUUCUGAGCCCUCACGGUCCAUCUGUCACAGGGUUGUGGAGACUAUGCUGAGGGCACAAGGACCCCACUUGGCUCCAAAGCAUUAUGCUCUAAGGUUUGGGAUGCUCACACUGGGAGGGUGAAGUACCAUUCCAGAGGAAGAGCCACAAAAAUGCCUUAAUGAUGAGUGAUGUCCCCAAAAAUGCCCAUGCUGAUGAGUGAUUCGAUAGUUACUGGUUUUGUCAGAUUGUCCUUCCCUGCCUUCUGUCCUUCCAUGAGUAGCAAGAGGGUAUUCUGAUGAAGCUUCCCUUGAAGUGGCAGUUUCAUUAUUGAGAAUGCAAGGUAGAGCAUCUUAUGGAUAUCUUUUUCUGUGUGUGUUUUAAAGCUUUACAUAUGAGAGGGUGUAGGGGGUGUCUGUAACACCUUAGAACCCUUAAUGUCAGAACGCGAAAAUCCCCAGUUGAGAUUUGCCUUUGAGACCCUCAGGUUUGCCUCUACCAGGUGGCCUUGGUCGCUGUCUGAGUCCUGGGGUACUGGAGCUAAGGAAACCUUACUCAUUUCUUGUGUGCACUCUAGACUCUUGGAGAAGAAAUGGAAAUGAGCUUGUUCCUUGGGAAGUUACGUAACUCAUUUGCCUCCAGGAAGACCCCAGUGCCUUUUUACAGUGGCCGUGGUUUCCUCUACUUCCCUCCAUUCCCUCCCAAAGGAAACUCGCUCCAAUGCUCGCCUUUCCCCUGGAGUCCUAGAAGGGGAGUGGGAUUUUGCUUCACACUGUGGUCCUUUAUAACCUCAGGUCUGUAAUGUGAUCACUUUCCAGUUUGAAAGAUAGGUGGAAAUAUUUUUGCAGCGCUUGUAACCUGCAGAACCUGAGUUCAUCACAGCUCUUUCCGUGUCUGUCAGCUGGUUUCAGUCCUCUAAUAGUACCCAUCCAAUUUUGUGAGGGGUGGGCUGGGAUACUGUGCGGCUUUUGUACAGAUAUGUUUCUCAGUGUGGAAUUUUAUGUUUUGUUCUGUUUUCUUGUUUUGUUUCUAAAUGAGGGAAGGGAGUUUUGAGAGUUUGAGGAGAAAAUGAAUGAAAGUGGUUUAAUUUCCCUCUUUUUCAUUAAAUAAAUGAUAAACCAUUUUAUGAAUUCUA